UUAGUGAUCUCUGGGAGAACAAGUGUCUGGUUGGGUUUGGUUUGUCGUAUGUUACUUUGUGUUGCACAAUUAAUCAGUUAUUGAGCAGUGAAAGUUUUUUGUAUCAUUUUUUGGCUGCACAGAUUUGCUGUAUAUUAUUUUUCUUGUUAUGGAGUCCAGUUAUGAUGAGGAUUUGGAUGAAAAUUCGUUUUUUCAAGCACUGAAAGUCGAUCAUAAUGAUCUGUUUGGAAAAGCUAUAUUGGAAGGUUGGGUUAUAUGUGUUCCUCGUGCCGGGUCACUACCGAAAUACACGCUUACUAAUGAAGACUUCUUCAGUCACAUUCUUAUACCAAGUGAUGAACUGCCACAGAGUCAUUUUAGGACACUGAAUGACAAGGAAGUAAAGGUGUGUAACAGGUUAAUAACUGUGGAGCAGAACGAUAUUUCACGACCAUAUAGCACUCACAUUCUUUUCGAAGAAACAUUUUACACCAAUGAUUUUUUGAAGUACAAAGUUGUGUGUCUAGAAAGUCCCCUGGAGCAGUACAUAGACUUCAGUUGUGGACAAAGUGAUGAAACUAGAAUUGUUACUGUCCAGACUUUAAGGGACUGUAUAGACCUUCUUUGGACACAGAGUGCUGGGAGAGAUGUCAUAGAAAAGAUGGAUGAAGCAAUUCAUAAUUUUCUUUCUGUUAAUAGCAGUCUUGAACUAAAACCUCUUCAAGUUCAGAAGGAUAUAGUUGGUACAUUAUAUGUAUCGUGCUUGCAGAUUGCUUUGAAAGAUGCUCGACUUAGAGAAAAAUCAGACAAAGACAGACACCUACUGGAAAAUAUUAAACUUUCAGUUGAAACGUAUGUGCAUCAUGGAAUUUAUAAGAAGUUAAUAAAAGCUAUAACAGCAUGCACUGCUUAUGAUGAUGCCUGUCUAAAUAAGGUUGUUCGUAAUCUUUCUGAUGUUCAGUUGCGAGAUCUUGAAGUGAGGCCAGAUUUAUACGAGACAGUUCCACAAGCAAAGCGAGAAUUAGCAAGAAUAGAAGGCUAUAGUACUGUUCUUGGGAAGAUUGGUUGCUUGAAACGUGUGAUAGCAUCCAUCUCAAAUUCAAAUCUUGAAACCAGUUCUGGAGAGGGAAUGAGUGAAAAUAUCAUUGUUGCAGAUGAUUUGUUGCUAGUGAUUGUGUUUAUUAUUAUUAAAACAAGUCUUCCUAACUGGAUUGCUCACCUAACUUAUAUGAAGCAGUUUCGGUUUUCUUCCUGUUAUGCUUGCCAUGUUGAUGAAUACAGUUUCCUUAUUACCACACUUGAAGCAGCUAUUGAGCACAUUAGAUCUGGCAUUCUUCUUGGUCCAUCAAUUCCUGAAGCACAGUGUGUUUAUGAAAGUCAAAAUGACAGAGAUGGCUGUGAUAAUGUGAAUGUGAAAACUGUAAAUAGUAGUAAAAAUGGAAGGUCAACAAUAAUUGAAACAUCAUGCGUAACAUACUUAUUUGAUCAAAUUAGGUUGGGCAAUUUGGAAAGCGCCCAAGAAAUUCUAUCAAAAAGUCUGAGUAGUAGUAAUGCCAUAUAUUCUGACAGCAGACCAAUGAAAAAUAAUGGGGACUUUCUUUCUUGUCUUUGUCAUCCCCUAUGUUCCUGUGACAAAUGUGAAAGUCUCAUUAGCAAAAGUCUUUGUGAUACAACACCCACAGUUCAUUCAUGUGAUGAUCGAGGCUUUACUGCUCUUCAUGUUGCCUGCCUUUUUGGGCAUCCUCUUAUUGUGGAUCUGCUGCUUUGCUCUGGAUCCAAUAAGAAUGCUUUGGACUACAGUGGGUCUACUCCUCUUCACUAUGCUGCAGCCAGAGGUCAUCAGAAUGCCUUACUCUUGCUACUCCAUUCUGGAGCUAUGAUUAGCAUUCCUGACAAUGAUGGCAACACUCCCCUUCAUCUGGCUUCCAACAAUGGCCAUGAAGUGUGCGUCAAAGCAUUGCUGUACUUUGCAGAACACACAGGUUUGAAAUUGGAUGCAAAUGCCAAAAAUGUGUAUGGUGAUACCCCUCUUCACCAUUCAGCACGAUGGGGAUAUGAGGGUAUAGUACAGAUACUAUUGGAGUAUGGAGGACGUCCAGAUGUGGAGAAUAAACGUCAUUUAACACCAAUGGACAAUGCUCACAACCUGCAUGUUUCAAAACUGCUAACCAGUGUGAAUAAAACUAUUCAUAAUUCAAAGCCUGUGACACAGGACAAGAAAUUAGAAAAUUGUACAAACAUUGCAGCUGCUACUGUACCAGCAUUGGACUUCAUGGAUGAUUGUGUGAAAUUAUCAAGUGGGACUGUGAAUACACCAGAGAAGAAACAACAUGGUAUUCACCCUCAAUCAACAGAACAAAUGAAGAGAGUGGAGAGGCUGUUGCGAGCAAUUGCAUUUGGAGACACAAGAUUAGCAUGUUUUUAUUUGGGUUUCGAUGGUCCUGUUUCAGAUUACAGUAAUUGUGAAGAGCAUCCACCAUCAAAUAUUAAAUCCAUUUGCCAUCCAUUAUGUAUUUGUGAGAAGUGCAAACCAGAUGAUAGUGGACUCUUUGAGGAUUCCUUAAAAGUAGAUAAAGACAUUUUAAAUGUCAGUGUUUGUAACUCUGAUGGUUUUACUCCUCUGCAUAUAGCAUCAAUGCAUGGACAUACAGACAUGAUGAGACUUCUCCUUGAUGCAGGUGCUCAGAUUAAUGCAGUGACUAGAACAAGAGGUGUUACUCCUUUGCAUCUUGCUUGUCAAAAUCAGCAGACCCAAGCUACAAAACUUCUUCUCCAAAGUGGGAAGUGUAAUCCAGAUAUUCAAGAUUCUAGAGGGAAUACUGCACUGCAUUAUGCAAGUUUCACACGAGAUCCAAGACUAGUAGAACUUAUAUUGAAACACGGUCCAGUUUUGGACCUUAGAAAUUCCAGUGGUAAGACACCAUUAGAUGAAGCAGAGGAAAAAAUGGCCUUGGCAGUUGUGCACCUUCUCAGAGGUGAAAAAACAAGUAUCUCUCUUCCUCGGGAAAAGUAUAAAGAUGUUUAAUUUUGAGAUUGACAUGUUUAAACUGUGCCUUUAAGUACAGAUGCUUUCAUACAAUUACCAUGUAAAGAGUAACAGUACUCUCAUGAAAAUAAUAUUUUCUAGCAUUCAGAUUAUGAGGAACAGAUUGAGGGUCUUUCAGAACUUCAGGAAGAUAUUUGGACCUAAAAGGGUGGGAGAGGGAUCAUGCAGAAAAUUGCAUAAUGAUGAGCUUUACAGCCUGUACUCCUUACCUGAUAUUGUUAGGAUGAUUCAAUUGAGGAGAUUGAGGUGGGCAGGACAUGCAGAAUGCAUGGGGAAGGGGAGUAGUGUUUACAAGGUAUUGGUUAGGAGGCCUGAAGGGAGGAAACCACUGGGAAGACCUAGGUGUAGGUGGGAGGAUAAUGUUAGGAUGAACCUUAGGGAUAUAGGAAUUGAUGGAGCAAACUGGCUACUGCUAGCUGAGGAUAGAGUCCUGUGGCAGGCUUUUAUGAACACGGUGAUGCACUUUUAGGUUCAGUAAAGAAAGUGGGCUAUUCUUUGACAAGCCAAGUAUACAAUAAACUUUUCAAAGAAUUUCCUGCAGUGAGUGAGUGAGUGAGCAUACAGAUUAUAGCAGAAGUACAGCUUAUUUAGAUGUGUUAGUGCCAACAUGUGUAAUUAGGCAUGUGCAAUUACUUGUUUAUUGUUAAAUAUAAGAAAAGCAAUUUGAGUCAUUUUCUGGUGUUUCUGUAGAACCAUCGAGCAUACAGAAUAUUUACAACACAGGAGACAAAGGUACCUGCAGUCUGUUAUGUCUCAUGAAUAUUUCUACAUCUUUGUAUGAUGAUGAUUUACUUCUUUAUCAAGGAUAUGCUAGGCAGGCAUAUGAGUAGAGUAGCUGAUUUACAGGAGACAGUUCUUGCACUUAUUUUAUUUGAUAAAUGUGCAUUAUUAGUGUUCAAAUAUCCAAAUAUAACUCUGUUUCUCUUUAUAAAGCAGCAUCAGUAUUAAAUUACAUACAUCCCAUUAUUUUAUGUUCUUAGACCAAGUAUCUCUGAUUAUGCAAAUAUGUUGGUACACUGUUCUGGCAUGGUGACCUUGAUAUAUAUUGAGAGAUGGGGAAGCAUUCAGUAGUGUCACAAGGCCCAGAGAAAUGUUGACAGAAAGUAACAUGAGGUUGAUGUUUUAUUCAUGCUGAACAGUUUUAUUCAAUGUGUUGGAAGGGAUAAUAAUUCUGUACUGCUUGUAACUAAGAGCUGGGGUAACUCAAUUGAGUACAGUGUCUGACUUUGGACUAGACAAUUGGGGUUCAGUGCCUGGCAGAGGCAAAGGAUUUUUCUUCUUGCCUGUUCCCAUACCCAGCAUCCUAUCAAAUGGGUACCAGGGACCCUUUCCCUGGGAAAAUCAUGGCUGGGGCUUGAUGCUAACUACUCACUCUCAUCUAGAGCUUAGGGUAAGAAUGAAUAGGAGUUAUACCACCUAUCCAUCGAAAUGCCUUUAUGGCAUGUAGCAGGGCAGCUUUGGCUUUUCUGCUUGCAACUUCCUUUUAUAAAGUAGGUCAAACCACUUCCUUCUAUACUCAUUCCAGUUCUCAUUUGCUGCUGUAUAAUAUCUGCACUUAGUGUAGUAAUAUUACAAAAAGUAAGAAACAAAACCUUAUUGAGGGAAAAAAAAUGUAUCCUUAGUAUUAUCCUAGUCAGUAUUACACAAAUGCUUCAUUGUGUAGAGACUCUGUUGUUAGGGCAUGCAGUAUGUUCUUACGAGCAUACAUUAAUGAGUGUUUACAUUAAACUUGUGAAAAAUGAAUUUUUUAAAUAAAGUUUUGCUGUAGCUAA